ACGGCGGCGCGCGCGCUCGCUGUGUGCCAGAUGACGGGCCUGGACGUGGAGAAGGACCAGAUCCUGGAGAUGGCGUGUCUCAUCACGGACUGCGACCUCAACGUGCUGGCCGAGGGCCCGCACCUCAUCAUCAAGCAGCCCGACGAGCUCCUGGACGGCAUGUCCGAGUGGUGCAAGGAGCACCACGGCAAGUCUGGCCUGACCAAGGCCGUGAAGGAGAGCAAAAUUUCRUUGCAGCAGGCGGAGUACGAGUUCCUGUCCUUCGUCCGGCAGCAGACACCGCCUGGGCUCUGCCCUCUUGCAGGUAACUCUGUUCACGCAGAUAAGAAAUUCCUUGACAAGUACAUGCCUCAGUUCAUGAGGCACCUGCACUACCGCAUCAUUGAUGUGAGCACUGUCAAAGAGCUCUGCAGACGCUGGUACCCGGAGGAAUAUGAAUUUGCACCAAAGAAGGCAGCCUCGCACAGAGCGCUCGAGGACAUCAGGGAAAGCAUCAAAGAACUCCAGUUCUACAGAGACAGCAUCUUCAAGAGGAAAGCGGAGGAAAAGAAAAGAAAACUCAUAGAGAACGGAGAAAGUGAUAAAAGUGCCAGCUGAUCUCUCUGCUCGCAGUGCCGCCCGGCAGCCUCGACUACACAUACCUCCUGGUUCUUUUUGGUUUGCUGUUCUUUUGGGAAGCUGCGCCCUUCCGUUACCUUGUUUCCUACCCGUUAUUCAAGUGCAGAGCAAAGUCUGAYUUACUGCCAAUUUUCUGUUUGAGCAAGAAAUCUGCCCGUUUAAGUCUCAGCAGCUCCUUCGUUUCUAUGUACUAGGGAAAACCUGCUGUUUGAUACUCCUCUCGAUCUGGUUUGAGACGCAACCUUUCGCUGCCCAAUAAAACCA